UUGAUUCUCCAUUCAAUUCAUACACACUCCUCCAAUCUGGUCUCAGAGCUCCUCUGUGCUCUGAUCUCUCUCCUUUCCUUUCUGCAAUUAUGGCUACAGAAUUGGAGAAGCCUAGAAUCACAGAGGUACAGGUGAGGAUGGAUUGUAAUGGGUGUGUACAGAAAAUCAAGAAGGCCUUACAUGGAAUAAAUGGGAUCUAUGAAGUGUACAUUGAUUUUCCUGAUCAAAAGAUUACAAUAGUUGGAAGGGCAGAUCCUGAGAAGAUAGUAAAGGCCAUUAAGAAGAGUAGAAAGAGUGCUGUGAUUUGUUGUCAUACUGAACAACAACCCAACCACCUGAUGAGGAGACAGCCAAAGCCAAAGAUCCUCCUCCGGUGGCCCCUGAAAACCAACCAACAGCAGAUGAGGAGAAACACUCACCUGAAAUGCAAACAGCAGACCAAACCUCAAAGCCAAAGGAGGAUAAUAAUAAUGUUGAAGAGGUAGUUCAUCAUCAUGUCAUAUACCACUAUCCUCCACAUUAUUAUGGCUAUACACAACAACAAUGGAAUAAUUCUCAACCUAGAGCUGAGCCACCACCACUACCCCCCAUAUAUGUGAGUCACAGUUACAACAACAGCUAUAAGCCAUCACCCUAGCUAUGUCACAAGAUAUGAUCACUCAUCACCUCCAACAUACACACAUUAUGAUUAUGGUAGGCCUGAUGAGCAUUAUUAUACGAGGAUGAGGAUGGCCGCAGAGGACUACUACCAUUACACAGAUGACUAUCACAAUGGAAAUAUUGAUGACUCAGUUUUCAGUGAAGAAGAAACUCCAAAUUCAUGCACAAUAGUCUAAGACCCACAUGCCCAUCCAUCGCGCUUUAAUUUAAUUUGCCUCUCAAUCAAAUAUACUGAUGAAUUAUAUUAAUUAAGCAUGCAUCAUCAAAUUAAAGGG